ACAGCAGGCAACUUCCCAGUAUUUUAACUAUCAUCAUUGUUAGAGCACAAGACUAAAGAGUGUCAUUCAGAGCUAUUUUAAUUUUCUAAUUUUGUAUUGCUGUAAUUGUACUUCUUUUACAGGUUCUUAAGCACCAAACAAAGGUUAAUACCACCUUUCCUAUAACUCUUAAGUAAUUGCUUUCAGCAGCUCCGUCAUAGUCUCCACCUCUUACUCUACCCUCUGCCUUUCCCCCUCACUACCCACCCCUCACCACCAUGGCCAGUGGCACACGCUCCAAAGCGGACUCUGACAUGAAACAAAAAAUAGCUGAACUCAGAGAACUCGCGGCCGUCCUGUAUGACGAUGAGGCAAAGCAGAAAGAAUAUGUGAGGGCAGAAUUUGAGAAGGAGAGGGAAGAAAGUAGAAAGGAGAAGGAAAGGGAACAUGAAAUAGCUAUGGAGAGAGAGAAAAGGGAAGCUGAAGUAGCCAUAGCCAAAGAGAAGGAAAAAAAGGAAGCUGAAAUAGCUAUAGCUAUAGCUAAAGAAAAGGAAAUCACGGAGCGAGAAAGGGAAAAAGAAAAACAAAUAACUGAGAGAGAAAGGAUAACCGCGGAGAAAGAGAACGGAACCGCCAGUCAAGCUUCUUCCGGAUCUCGCCCGGCUAGCCCUGCCUCCCAGCAAAGUUCCUCAAACGGCCUACCCCACAUGCCAAUGGAGCACUUCGACGACAAGACAGAGAACAUCGAAGUUUAUCUUGUCCGUUUCGAAGAAGUUGCGAGCUACUACGGUCUGCCAGAGGAGAAAUGGUGCUUCCGGCUAUCCCAAUGCCUCCGAGGCAAAGCCUAUGAAGUAUACUCUAAACUCCCCUCCGGCCAGCGAGAAGACUACGCAGCCCUCAAACAGGCGCUACUCGUCCAAUUCGAGCUGACUGCCGAGGCUUACCAAAAGAAAUUCAGGACAUCCCGCCUAGAGCGCCGAGAGACCUACGGUAAUCUCUGCGACACGUUGGACAAAUACCUGAAGAGGUGGCACACUCUUAGCGAACUGCCAGAGACUUUGGACGGCCUAGUGAGCCUCAUACUCGCAGAGCAGUUGCUAGAGUGCAUGCCUAACGAGGUCAAAAUCUUUGUAAGGGAGCAGCAAGCCGCUACACCAGCCGACAUAGCUUCAGCUGCAGACCGGUACGCGACUGCCCGCAAAGACGUUAAGGACAUCAAAAGCAAGACCUCAGCCUCGGACAAACCAGAGGACCAGCCCACUUCUUCCAACAAACACGCUCCUUCUAGCCAACCCUCUCCUUUUACUAAACCUCAGCACCAAAAAGCACCAAUCCAACGACCAGCCACGCCUACUAGCUACGACAGACGAAGCCACCCGCCUCGACAUGGCCAGACCAAUAACCAUCACCGUGACCGGAACAGCACGAGUGAUCACAGGCCCAAUCGACAGCAUCAGGUCCCACGUACUGUGUCAGCCAUGACUGAGCUCCCUGAACCCUCUUUGCAUAAUCAGCCAUCGCCUCUUGAUGAGGAAGAGGAGGACUAUUACGUCAUAUCAGCGCUGACCGUGGCCCCUGAACCCACUGCUUGUGGCCUUACCCAACCGAUACCGCCUCACCCCAUCGUAUCACCCCCUGGGGUAGAGAUUAUUCUGAUUAACGGAUCUCCUGUCCAGGCACUAUUCGAUUCCGGAUGUGAGGUGAGCUCUGUCAUCAGCAAAGCACUGGUCGACCCAUCGGAUCUCACUGGUGGAUCAGUGACGGUUCAAUCUCUAGACCGUGGCAUUCCUCCGAAGGUGUAUCCUAUCGCUCGGGUCCACGUAGAAUGCAAGUAUGUACAUGGCACCAUUGAUGCAGUAGUCAUGGACUCGCCAGUAUACGACUUUGUUCUAGGCUCCAGGUACAUACGUCUAGGAGUUGUCGAUAAACCAUACUUCUCUCUGCCCGUUGGUAGAACGACAAAGCAGAAAGGUGGCAGCAACCAGCCGGUUGGAAGCCCUGGUCGCCACUCUAACAAAUCCUUUACUGGCUCCUCAGCCAAGCUCAAGCCGCGCCACCCUGGCACUGACACUGCCGGGAAAUCACGAGGUAAGCGUAAUAACUACACUCGUGAAGGUCCGUUUAACUCCUGCUCCUCAGCAAUCAAACCGCUCAUCCCUGGCACUGGCACUGCUAGGAAGUCACGAGGUAAGCGAAAUACCUACACUCGUGAGAGUUCUUGUAACUCCCGCUCUUCAGCUAUCAAACCACUAAUGCCUGGCACUGAUCCUGCCAGGAAGUCACAGAGGAAAGUGAACUUGCACUCUCGUGAAAGUGGGCCUCAUCACGGCUCCACCCACACUAUAAGGCCACUCUUCCCUGACAUUGACCGUGUCUGGAAAAUGAGAGGUAAGCCGAUCAAUCGCACUCGCGAAGAAACGCCUCACUAUGGCUUCAGAGAUAAGCCCCGUCCAACAUACGCGCAUUGGGCCCUCCGCCAUAACGUCCAUCCCACUUACUGGUCUGCCCCAAGAAAGAGAUGUACACAGUCCUAUCUACCCGGCCUAUUUCCCCAGGUUUCCAGAAUUGCCCCUUCCACGUGGAAAUCCGCCUGCGGACAGAACAUAGGCGACAGCGGACCCUUAGGACGGACACCCCUCUGGACCUCGGCAACCUCUUAACUACUGGGAAAAAUUUCUUAAAUGCUGAGACCGACAGUAGACGAAACUUGAGUGAUAUCAACGUUAGCACUUUAUAGAUCUUUUAACAAAGACCUAUCUUACGCAGGGAGGGUUGUGACGAACCGUUUUGGCUCACUCAAGAUAUCACUCAGGUCUAAGCAUUUAAUUAAUUUAUUUACUCGCUAUUAAUCAUCAAUUUUAUUAAUUUAGCCAAUCAAGCGCUAAAAACACAAUCCCCACCCCUCCAAUCCAACCCCACCCCAUUGGCAUCGAUGUCACAUGUUACUAUCCCCGCCUUGACACGUGUCACACUAGACCCUUGACAAGAGUACACUCCCUCCAUCUAUCGUGGCAAACAUCCGUUGACCCCCCCCCCUUCCGGGAGCGGCUGGUCACUUCAAAGUACCCAUUCAACUUAACGCCUCGGGCAACGCUAUUCGUCUAGCACUAGCCAUUAUCAAGGCAUAAUCUCCCUUGAUUUUGGCCGAGCUCCGAUAAUCUCCCCUUCAUAAUCCACCUGGCCACCUGGGCUGAUUUCCUGGGCUUUCAACUCGCGCCUUCGCGCAAUGUCUAUCUCCCGGAAACUCUCGUCACGGUCAAGCGUGGACCCCCAUUGUCAAAGACGUCAGAUAGUCUAGACCACCUUUGCACUUAUCUCCCGCCACUCACCCCCCCCCCCUUUUAUCCACGUGUAUAUGGACAAACUUCGUCGUCCGAUCUCAUUCACGCGGGAGAGCCCACAGGGAGCACAUCUAACUCUUGCUUGAGCUCUAGACUAUUUUCAUUCCCUUAUUUCACUUUGGAUUGGUGCUUUUAUCUAUAGGCUACACCCGCCUGAAAUCUUAGCAACCUAAAGCUGAUAGCAGAUUUGCUGGCACCAGAUCUGUAGACAUCAGACCUACUCAUCCUUCAAGAGUCCAAGUAACAACGCUAGCCACAGACUCGUCACUGGCUUAACUGAUUGGUAGACGCAGCUUAGCUCUGCAACCAUACAAGUUGGACUGCACACGGAGCCUGGAUCCACUACGCCAGCCCACCAGCAGACAGCAUCAGUAUCAGCCACACCAGUCUCACCAGUGCAGCACCGGACCAAAAGCUAAGCAACCAGCCUAAUGACACUCAGACCAUUUGGUUCUAAUAUCUGAUGAUGAUAGUCUCCUAAUGUAAAUACGCUAGAUCCCAUUCUAGCAUCUGUACAGCAUUUUACCUUUUAACUAUCCUUUGUAUAAUAAACUGUACAUAAUUUUACAUCUAAAUAUAGUAUUUGUUGCCUGCAUUAUAACGCUGUGCUUGUAGUUUAUAUGUGCAAGUAAGGAUUCUCAAACUAUAAAAUCCCCUAGACACCCAAAACGGCCAAAUCUUUAAU